UGACCCACAACCGAUUUAAGCGAUAAGGAACCUGACAAAAACGCUGCCUUGUUUAUUAUUAUAAAGCUUGUGAAAACCAUUUGAAGAGCGAAUGGGUUAAUGGAGAACAGCCUAGCCAUGUUAUUCAAACUUGCGAUUCUGAUUUCUCUCCUUACCAGCUUAGCAGCAGGAGAUGAAACUCUCGGUUUCAUCUACAAUGGGUUCCAAUCGGCUAAUCUAACCGUUGAUGGUAUAGCCGAGUUCACUUCCAAUGGUCUCUUGAAACUCACUAACAACACCAGACAGAAGAGUGGCCAUGCUUUUUAUCCUAACCCAAUAUCCUUCAAGAAUUCUUCAUCAAAUAGCUCAGCUUUCUCUUUCUCUACUACCUUUGUUUUCGGGAUCCACGCAGCAGAGUACCCUACUCUUAACGGACACGGUAUCGCCUUUGUGGUUGCACCAACAAGGGGGCUCCCAGGUGCUCGUCCAAGUCAGUAUUUAGGCCUUUUUAACGAGAAAAACAAUGGUAAUGCCAGCAAUCAUGUUUUGGCCGUAGAACUCGAUACCAUCCAGAGUAGUGAGUUUUUCGAUAUCAAUGACAACCAUGUGGGGAUUGAUAUCAAUCAGCUCAAGUCUGAGAUAUCAGCUUCAGCAGCUUAUUAUGAAGAUCGCACUGGUCAGCUUAAGAACUUGACCCUUAUUAGUGGUAAACCAAUGCAAGUUUGGGUGGAAUAUAAUGGUGAUCAGAAGAAGAUUGAUGUUACUUUAGCUCCAUUCAACAGUGGUAAGCCCAGAACUCCACUUUUGUCUUUGAGGUAUGAUCUUUCACCCAUUUUUAACAACGCCAUGUAUGUUGGCUUCUCAUCUUCCACCGGUUCGGUAUUAACAAAUCAUUACGUUUCGGGUUGGAGUUUUAAGAUGAAUGGCCAAGCACAGGAACUUGCUCUUUCUCAGCUUCCUAAGCUUCCUCGAAUUGGUCCUAAACGGAGAUCAAAAUUUUUGACAAUUGGGCUGCCUGUGAUUUUGGCAAGCUUGAUUUUAGCUGCAGUCUCAGGUGUAGCUUAUGUGAUAAGAAGGAAAAGAAAGUUCGCUGAAGUGCUUGAAGAAUGGGAGCUUGAGUAUGGGCCUCAAAGAUUCAAAUACAAAGAUCUUUACAUUGCAACCAAAGGGUUUAAAGAUAAGGGGCUAUUAGGUAGUGGUGGCUUUGGCAGGGUAUACAAAGGUGUACUACCCAGCUCUAAACUGGAGAUUGCUGUGAAGAGAAUCUCUCAUGAAUCAAGACAGGGGAUGAGAGAAUUUGUAGCAGAAAUUGUAAGUAUUGGCCGCCUUCGUCAUCGGAAUUUAGUACAACUCCUGGGCUAUUGUCGGCGUAAAGGAGAAUUGCUUUUGGUAUAUGACUACAUGCCCAAUGGAAGCCUUGACAAGUACCUGUAUGACCAACCAGAGGUCAGCCUCAAUUGGAGACAAAGAUUUCGAAUCAUCAAAGGCGUUGCUUUGGGCCUAUAUUAUCUACAUGAAGAAUGGGAACAAAUUGUUAUUCACAGAGAUGUCAAGGCCAGUAAUGUCUUGCUUGAUGGUGAAUUGAAUGGAAGGUUGGGGGAUUUCGGCCUUGCAAGAUUAUACGAUCACGGAACUGAUCCACAAACAACACAUGUGGUUGGAACUCUUGGUUAUCUUGCUCCAGAGCACACUCGAACGGGGAAGGCAACAAGAAGCACUGACGUAUUUGCUUUUGGUGCAUUUUUGCUUGAAGUUGCAUGUGGCAGAAGGCCAAUAGAGCCACGAGCGGAAUCGGAGGAUGUCGAGAUAUUGGUUGACUGGGUUUUUGGUUUUUGGUGUAGAGGUGAAAUUCUUGAGGCAAGGGAUCAAAAUCUGGGUUCAGAUUAUGUAGUUGAGGAAUUGGAGUUGGUGUUGAAACUUGGGUUGAUGUGCUCUCAUUCGGAGCCAACAGCAAGGCCAAGCAUGAGACAGAUUGUGCAGUAUUUAGAGAAGGAUACCCCUUUGCCGGAGUUAUCAUCUCUUGGAAUUUCAGCGACUGGCCUAACAUUCACAGAUGGUGAAGGUUUUGAUGAUUUUGCUAUGUCAUAUCCAUCUACCAUGGGCCUAACAGGAUCCUCUUCCAUUGCCGAUUCACUACUUUCAGGUGGUCGGUGAUGCUUUAAAAGAUUUAUCUUAUAAUUACAUAAUUUAAUUUAUGUAUAUG